CAUAACUCUCCAGCUGUCCAAACAGCAUUGAUCUCCUUAGACAACGUGGGAACGUUCCACCCAUUUUAAAUUUCAUACUCUCUCUGUCACCAUACAUGAACAUACACAAAACAGAACUUGAGAAUAAGAAAUCUUGAGAGAGAGAAUAUCUUCAGUGCAAGAGAGAAUGAAAAGAGAGGACCUAAAGACUCGUCUAUUCCAUCCGGAGAGGAAAUGGUUCCUCGCCGCAGCUAUCACCGGCUUGCUCGUUGGCGCGGUGCUCAUUUCCGGCUCCAUCCGCGACACAGACAACCCUCUCUUCUGCUCUCUCGCCAGCUACAAGACUCGCGCCGCCUCUAGCUACGAUCCUACGCCGAUCCAGCUCAAAGCCAUCGUCCACUACGCCACCUCACGCACUGUGCCGCAACAGAACCUCGCCGAGAUCUCGAUUUCCUUAGAGGUCCUCAAGUCCAAAGCUCCUUGCAACUUCCUUGUAUUUGGGCUGGGCCAUGACUCCCUCAUGUGGGAAUCGUUGAAUCCACGUGGCAAGACGCUAUUCCUGGAAGAGGAUCCAACUUGGGUGCAGACCGUCCUCAAGGGCGCCCCGUUUCUUCGGGCCCAUCACGUCCCGUACCGGACUCACCUCUCCGAAGCCGACGACCUCCGCAACACGUAUCGAUCCGAGCCCAACUGUUCUCCGAAUAAGGCUUAUUUGCGAGGCAACGAAAAGUGCAAGUUAGCGUUGACCGGCAUGCCUGACGAGGUGUACGACACGGAGUGGGAUCUGAUAAUGAUCGACGCGCCUAGAGGUUACUUUGCGGAGGCGCCGGGGCGGAUGGGAGCGAUAUUCUCGGCGGCGGUGAUGGCGAGGCACAGGAAGGGAUCUGGUGUGACGCAUGUGUUCCUCCACGAUAUGGAUCGGAGGGUGGAGAAGAUGUUUGCGGAGGAGUUCCUGUGUAGGAAGUACCGGGUUAACUAUGCAGGCAGGCUUUGGCACUUUGAAAUACCGUCUGCCGCUAACGUGAGCCGCGGUGUUGAGGAUAACAGUGUUAGGUUUUGCUAGAUUGCACUGCCGUCCCGAGUAUGAUGUACACGGCCUCCAAGGUGUAUUGAUCCGAUUGUGAGCAAAUUUGAUAUUGACAGUGCAUGGGUCCAAUUGGGAAAGUCGCCUGUUUCCUCUGACAAAAAUGCCCCCAACUAAGGAGGAAUCCUUGAUGACAUCGCCACCUGUUGAGGAAGGCAAUAUGUUCUCUUUUUUCAGUCAAUCUAUAGGUGAACUUUCUCUUUUUUUUUUUUUUUUUUUUUUUGUUGAUUAUAUAUUUAUAAUUUGGAUGAACUGAGGUUAGGGGUGACGAAAUUCUAUCCGGUUUGGAUAAUCGAGUUUGUUCGAUCCGGAUUAAAUCAUGUCUAAUUUUUGUUCCAAUCCUAACUAGGAUUAGAUUA